AUGGCGGCUGCAAUAAACAUCGCUCUCCUGAUUUUUGCUUUAUCAAAUGUUAAGAAGCAAUCUUUUGCCAGUUCAAAUUCAGUUUGUUAUUCGUUUGAUGGUGGAGAAGUUACGGAUGCAUGUAACUCUCGCAUUACGACUUCGCUGUGGGUUUAUAAGCAAGGAAGAGGUAUUCACUUAGGCCAAAAGUCAUAUUCUGGCUUAAGCCUAUUGUUGAAUUUGGCUGGAGACGUUGAACUCUGCCCUGGUCCAAGUGUAAAAUGCUUUAAUUGUAACAAGACGAUACGAAAAAACCAAAGCUCAGAAACGUGCUGUCAUUGCAAAAGUAAACGCCACCUAAAGUGCCUAGUAGACGUGGCUGAAUAUGGCCACGAGAAGUUAUAUUGUCCAGUGUGUGUGAACAUAAAUGAAAGCCGAACCAGCGAGCCUAGUAUCCUUAAUACACUCUGUGAUGAU